AUGGAUGGCCAACAAAAUCAAAGGGAAAAUGCAGAAACCAUUUCCCGAACUCCUAAAGGAAUACGACCUUCCAAUGAGCCUCUUCCCCAUUCGCAAAAAAUGGGCCUCUUCCCACAAGAUGCGACCAAUUACGAGUUCGACGAGGAGACAAAGAAGCUCAUGGUGCAUAUCGCGUCAGUGUGCGAGGUCGGCUACAAGGAUUCGUUGGUGCUCCGGUUCUUCACCUGCGUGACCGACAACCUCGACAAGGGGAAGCUGUCGGAGGUGGAGGGCAUCAAGACCAAGAUCCUCAUUUGGAUCAAGGUGACCGCCAUCAGGACGGAAGCCUCCAAGGUGCAUUUCUGCGCCGGCUUGAACAAGACCUGGAAUCGCCACGCCUACGAGGUUGUCAGGGAUGGUGUUUCCAUAGACAAGUUCUAG